GAAAGUUGGGUGGGCUGCGGCGUUUUAUUGAUCACUAUGAGCAGCGAGAAGAAGUAUAGGGGUGUAAACUACAAUCUGACCAUUGUGGAGGCGAGCGAUUUGAGUGUCAGGUCUAAGGGGGCUCCGGACGUCUACGCUACUAUUAAGUGGGGGAAGAGGAAAUACAAGACCAGGGUGAUGAAAAAGACGGUGAAUCCAGUGUGGAACGAGUCGUUUUUGUUAAAAAACGAGCCGGAGGCGUCAGAUUUGUUGGUUCGGGUGUACAACAGCGGGUGGUCUAGUUCUCUGAUAGGGCAGGUGAAGGUGUCAAGGGAGGAGUUAGAAAAGGAGGAGAGAGUGGACACAUGGUUGGAUCUGUCGUCGGUUAAGAGGGCUUCUGAGGUUGUGGGGAGGUUGAGAGUGCUGGUUGAGGUGGAGGAAGAGAGGGAGGACAAGAAGAAGAAAAAAGAGGUACACAGUGUGACGUACAGCAUUGUGGAGCAGCCAGUGCCCGAGGAGGAGCCCGCGUUUCCGAACCAGAGGGUGCGCACUAGAGAGUUGUGGGAGUUGUCUGGGGUUAUGAGUGUGAAGAGCGUGGAAGUGGCGGGUGAGUUGGGGUUUAUGAGCAAGUUUUUAGACACGGUGGAAGAGAUGAAGCCGUCAUUGGCGAAGAUUCAGAGUAACAACGUGGCGUUGCGCCAGAUAUAUGGGAAGUAUUUUUCAUCGACGAGCAAUGAGCAGAGGGAGGAGUUGGCAAAUCAGAUGUCUUUAUUGGUGGACUAUUCGAAUGCCGAGGCGGCAAAGUUGAACAAGUUGUUCAAGGAAAUUGAGGAGUCUAAUGCCGUUGCGAUGAAGAGCGUGGGGAUUCGAGGGUUUGAGAUUCAGAUUCGAGAGAACAUUUACAACGUGAUUAGCAAGACGUACAUGAAUCGGAUGGUGGAUUUUCAGGACAUCCAGUCUCAGUAUAAGGCGAUGCAUCGCAAGACGGCGAGGAAGAUUUAUGCGAUAGCGAAUCCGUCAGCGACGGAGAAGGAGUUGGAGGAGGUGGAGUCCUUGGAGAUGCCCCAGGUGUUGGAUCACGCCUUGUCUAAUUUGAGGAGAGCGAAGGCGAAGGAUGCCUUGUCCUACGUCAAGGCGAGACACAACGAGAUUAUAAAGAUAGAGCAGGGUUUAUUAGAGAUUCAGAGGAUGUUCAACGACAUGGCCGUAUUGGUGGCGGCGCAGGCAGAGUUUGUAGACAGGAUUCAAGCGAAUGUUCAGAAGGCGAAGACGAGCACGAAGGAGGGAUUGGCGCAUUUACGAGAGGCGAGGUAUUAUCAGAACCACAGGUUCAGGCUGUCGCCGAUGGCCAUGGCGAAGCUUAUGAAGUGAAGAAGCGUGAGUGAA